AUGAGGCUGACGAAUUUUGCAAGUACGAGGUCGCUCACGGGGAAGGUGUCUUUUUGGCACCUGCAGCAAGUGGAAGAGGGCAAAAUCAUAGGGAGUGCGGCGGAUGUUGGUGCUAAAGGGAAGAUUGAGAUAACGGGCUAUUCGGAGCAGAUACGGCUGGAGGUUCAUAGGCCAACUCUGCUGGUGGUGGUGGAUGGUGUGCUGAUAGGCGAUGCUGGCCUCCCUCUCUCGCGCCUCAGAGCAUCGGUGUUGUGCGAGAACGGGAAAGGCGCGCCCCUGAAGAAGCUGAGGCUGGAGCUGAAAGGUCCUGCAGACCAGCCGAAGCAGCAGAAGGAAUGGGAGGAGGAGUAUGGGAAGCACCGCUUGGAGCCCCGCAGCGACCUCCACAGGCGGCUGCGGAAAUGUGGUGCUCUGCUCCAGGUGCGGGCCCACCGGUCUUCAUGCUGGCUGCCAAGAUUGGAACAACUUCCUCCCGCAGCAAGUGAGGCCAGCCAUGCCGGUGGUGCACCUGCCACAGCAGCCCCAACCCCUGCCUCCAACCAGCUGGCACCCGUCCAGCCCAGGGGAUCAUGA